AUGGCCUCCGACUACGCUCUUCCAGGCUCUGUUAACGUUUCCCGCCAUACUUCUUUCUGGGAAAACAACCACGAUGGCACGAAUUCAAUUCCUUCCCAAUUGCUGUCUGGAGGCAGCGAAAUAUGGAUCUUCAUUAUCGUUACUCUCACAGCAUCUGUGCUUUUAUGCUUUAGCAGAUCUAAAACCAAUGAUACCCUCAAAGGACCUUGGGGUUUUCCAAUUCUCGGGUCUUUCCCUUUCUUGACGCAUUACCCAGAAAUGACCCUCGAUUAUUGGGCACGAAAGUAUGGGCCACUUUACAGCCUUCGUCUCGGCAACCAAAUAUUUGCCAUCGUGUCCGAUCCCUCUAUCGCAAAGGACCUCUUCGUCACGAAUGGCGCCGUGUUCUCUGAUAGAAAGGAGAUGUUCGUCAAAAGCCAAACGGUCUUCGCAGGUAGGGGGGUCACGGCAACUCCAUACAAUGACCGUUGGAGAAAACAUCGCCGCAUUGCCAACAUCUGGCUCUGCCAGAAGGCUGUUGAUUCAUACACGAAAACCCUCGAUUUCGAGGCUACAGAUAUGAUCAAAGCUCUAUACAUGGAUAGUAAGGGAGGUGCUUGCCAUAUUAACCCACAAACGUACGCCGGCCGUUGUUCGCUGAACAAUAUGCUUACGAUAACGUUCGGAUUCCGGACAGAUAGUAUUCAUCAUCCAAUGGUCAAGGAAGCAUUACGACUCAGUAGAGAGUUCAUGAAUACCACUGGGCCGAUGUCGAACCUGAUUGACUUUGUACCACUACUACAGAAACUUCCGACUCCGCUUAAACUGCGAGGCCAGGCAUUACAUCGUGAUUUAGUAGCCACGUAUGGAGGCCUGAUCAAAGACGUACAACGAAAAUUGCUUGCCGGCGUGGCGGUCGACGAUUGUCUAGCAAAAACUAUGAUAGAACUAAAAGAGGAGGAGGAACUAGAUGAUGUGGACAUGGCGAUACUUGCAAGCGCAUUCAUGAUUGGGGGCGUUGAGACAACUGCUUCUAUCAUGCAGUGGUUCUCGGCCUUGAUUCCCGCGUAUCCUGAAGUGCAGAAGCGCGCCCAAGAGGAACUAGACCGUGUAGUUGGUCGCCAUAGGCUCCCGACUGUGGAGGACGAAGAAAACUUACCAUAUUGCCAUGCGAUCAUCAAAGAAGUAGAGCGCUGUCACAAUCCGUUUUGGUUGGGUACACCGCAUGUUGCAUCAGAAGAUUUCGUCUACGAGGGAAAGCUCAUCUCGAAGGGUACCGUCGUUGUGCUUAAUACUUGGACCAUGCAUCACGACAAGAAGCGAUGGAGCAAUCCUGACAACCCUUCCGAAUUUAAUCCUGACCGUUAUAUUGAUGAUCCAACUUUAUCCUCGACAUCUGCCAAUUUGAGCGAUCCAUUCGCCCGCGAUCAUUGGAUGUUCGGCGCUGGCCGUCGCAUCUGUCCUGGCAUGAUGGUGGCUGAACGCGAGAUCUGGCUAACGAUCGCUAGAAUGCUGUGGGCCUUCGAAAUGAUUCAAAUUCCGGAGAAACCAAUCGACUUGAAGGAAUACGAUGGCCUCAGUGGAAGAAGUCCUGUGCCAUUCGAGAUUCAGCUGAAGCCUAGAUUCGAGGGCGUAGAAAAAGUACUACAACUAUAA